AUGUCGCGUCAACAGCAAAAUCCAUUUGAUGACUUGUUGUCCGACAACCCUUCUCACAGUCAUCAAGCCGUACAUGAUGACCCUUUUGGAGACGAUGAACCAAAUCUGUUCAGCCCUUCGAACGGCACGCCUUACGGUCAAGGAGCGAGGAAUGGACCUGGAGGAUCAUCUAAACCCCAACAAGGUUACGCAUUAGAUCCUUUCUUUGACGAUGACGAUGAAUAUGGUGGAGCUGGUCAAUCUGGCGGAUAUAUGGCUCCUCAAUCGUCUUCGACAGUCAACGUAUCACGUUCCUUUGGCAGGUCUGAUCCUUCUCUUCUAGAAUCACACAUGCCAUUAUCUCAAGCAGGAGCCGUACCUGCUGGAUUUUCUGGACCCUCCGAUGAUGGGAAAUAUCAUUCUUCUUCCUCUAAAGCUUAUGGAGCCGGUGGAGAUAUCUUCGAAGAUGAUGAGGGACCUUCGGCGUAUGCUUUCAGUGCGCCUGGUUCAGGUCCUUACGCUCAGAAGAAGCGAUCCAGAUGGCAAAAAAUCAAAGAAGAUCAUUUGACGGAUGUGGAUUGGACAUUUGGGCUUAACAAGAUGCUGGGUAGAAGAGGCAAAUUUGAUGGAGUGCCAAGAGAAAUAUCACUGAAUGAUGCAGAAGGAAACAGGGUGAAAGGAUAUGAGAAAAACUCGGUUACCACUGGAAAAUAUGGCCCAAUUACGUUUUUGCCCAAGUUCCUUUUUGCCGAAUUCUCAAGAUCGGCGAACUUGUUCUUCUUGUUUACAGCUAUCAUUCAACAAGUACCGAAUGUUUCGCCGACUGGUCACUAUACUACUAUUGUACCUUUAGCUGUGGUGCUGAUAGCGAGUGCGUUUAAAGAAAUCAAGGAGGAUUUGAAACGGCACGCUUCGGAUCGGUCACUGAAUAAUAGCACUGCACAAGUCUUGAUAAACCAAGCUUUCCAACCUCGACCAUGGAGAAGAAUACGAGUUGGGGAUAUUGUUAGACUGGAAGCGAACGCAUUCAUACCUGCAGAUAUGGUAUUACUGAGUAGUAGCGAGCCUGAAGGACUUUGUUAUAUCGAAACGGCGAACCUGGAUGGAGAAACCAAUCUCAAAAUCAAGCAAUCUCACCCCACAACAGCAACCCUGACGAACCCUCAAUCAGUUUCACUGCUUCGUGGACAUCUUCUCUCUGAAGCCCCUAACUCGUCAUUAUACACUUAUGACGGUACCUUCCAUCUCUCCUCUGCUCUCCCUGGAUCAGCGCCAACCAAACUUCCUGUGGGACCUAAUCAAAUGCUUCUACGCGGUGCGCAGCUAAGAAAUACAGAAUGGGUUUAUGGAAUCGUUGUCAAUGGUGGUCAUGAAACGAAACUGAUGAGAAACGCUACUGACGCGCCAAUCAAGAGGACUGCCGUUGAGAGACAGGUCAACAGGCAGAUUUUGUACCUUUUCGUCUUAUUGCUCAUCCUCUCCUUGGUAUCGACGAUCGGAGGUAGUAUUCGAACGGCUUUUUUCAACAAUAAGAGUUGGUAUUUGCGUUUAGGUGCGGUGAGUCCGAACAAGGCUCGGCAGUUCAUCGAAGAUCUUCUAACAUUCAUUAUUCUGUACAACAACUUGAUCCCCAUAUCUCUUGUCAUGACGAUGGAAGUCGUCAAGUUCCAGCAAGCUUCAUUGAUCAACUCCGAUUUGGAUAUGUAUUACGCACCUACCGACACACCAGCAUUAUGUCGAACGUCCUCUCUUGUCGAAGAACUAGGUCAGAUAGCAUAUAUCUUCUCAGACAAGACUGGAACUUUAACGAGGAACGAAAUGGAGUUCAGGGAAUGUUCGGUAUUUGGCACAAUGUACGCUCAGACUGUCGAUGAUAAUAAGAGAGAAUUGGGUCAGAAAACGUUCGAUGUUCUUAGGCAAAGAGUUAUGGAAAAUAACGAAGAAGGUGCAACACUUCGAGAAUUCUUGUCUUUGCUGGCUGUCUGUCACACUGUCAUUCCAGAGGAAAGGGAAGGUAAAAUGGUUUACCAGGCUUCAAGUCCCGACGAAGCCGCCCUCGUGUCAGGCGCUGAACUUCUGGGCUACCGAUUCCAUACUCGAAAACCCAAGUCCGUCUUCAUAGACGUUGAUGGACGGUCUGAAGAAUAUGAAGUCCUCAACGUCUGUGAAUUCAACUCUUCUCGUAAGAGGAUGUCUACUGUGGUCCGAGGGCCAGAUGGGCGGAUCAAACUCUUCACCAAAGGAGCAGAUACCGUUAUAUAUGAGAGAUUGGCUCCGGAACAACAAUUCGCAGAACCAACUUUGGUGCAUCUUGAAGAUUACGCAACUGAGGGUCUUCGAACUCUUUGUUUGGCCUAUCGAGAGAUCUCAGAAGAUGAAUAUGCAAAAUGGUCUGGCAUGUACGAUAAUGCUGCUUCUCAAAUGCACGGUAGAGCAGAUGCUCUGGACCGAGCAGCAGAGGCGAUCGAACAAAAUUUGAUCUUGCUUGGUGCGACUGCCAUUGAAGACAAACUGCAAGACGGUGUUCCGGAUGCAAUACAUACCUUACAACAAGCUGGAAUUAAAAUAUGGGUAUUGACCGGUGAUAGACAAGAGACAGCAAUCAACAUUGGUCUAUCUUGUCGACUUAUCUCCGAAUCGAUGAAUUUGGUUAUCAUCAAUACUGAAACCGCUAACGAGACUUCUGAACUUCUGAAUAAGCGUUUAUUCGCUAUCAAGAACCAAAGAAUGGGUGGUGAUGUCGAGGAGCUUGCUUUGAUAAUAGACGGCAAGAGCUUGACCUUUGCCUUGGAGAAAGAUUGUGCCGAUGUCUUCCUUGAAUUGGCUAUCAUGUGCAAGGCCGUUAUUUGCUGUCGAGUAUCACCUCUGCAGAAGGCCUUAGUCGUCAAAUUAGUCAAGCGAAGCACCGAUGCACCUCUUCUUGCUAUAGGAGAUGGCGCCAACGACGUCAGCAUGAUUCAAGCAGCUCAUGUCGGAGUUGGUAUAUCGGGUGUGGAAGGAUUGCAAGCUGCUCGUUCGGCGGAUGUGGCCAUUUCUCAGUUCCGUUUUUUAAGAAAAUUAUUACUUGUCCACGGUUCUUGGAGCUAUCAAAGGUUGACCAAAUUGAUUCUGUACUCUUUCUACAAGAAUAUUACUUUUGCAUUGACCUUAUUCUGGUAUUCAUGGUUCAACGAUUUUUCCGGACAAAUCUCUUUCGAAGGAUGGUCAAUGUCAUACUAUAAUGUCAUUUUUACCAUUUUACCUCCACUGGUGAUUGGUAUAUUUGAUCAAUUCGUAUCUGCAAGAAUGUUAGAUCGAUAUCCGCAAUUAUAUCAAUUAGGUCAACAAAAUCAUUUCUUCACUCCUGUCAGAUUCUUCUACUGGGUAGGAAAUGCUUUCUAUCAUAGUGUGGUACUUUUCUUAUUCUCUGUAUUGGUCUUCAACAACGAUCUAAUCGCUUCAGACGGUAAAAACUCUGGACUAUGGGUAUGGGGUACAACACUGUACCUUGCGGUACUGCUGACCGUAUUGGGUAAAGCCGCUUUGAUAUCAGACGUUUGGACAAAGUACACUCUUGCGGCCAUUCCCGGUUCAUUCGUGUUCACCAUGGUCGCCUUACCUCUAUAUGCGAUAAUAGCACCUUUAUUGAACUUUUCACUGGAUUACAAAGGUAUAGUACCUAGACUAUGGGCAGAUGCUGCUUUUUAUUUCUGCCUCCUGUUAUUCCCUGUCGUUUGUCUCUUAAGGGACUACGUAUGGAAAUAUUAUUCGAGAACAUAUCAUCCCACAUCAUAUCAUAUCGUGCAAGAAAUACAAAAAUUCAACUUAUCAGAUUAUAGACCUAGACAAGAGCAAUUCCAAAAAGCCAUCAAGAAAGUGAGGGCAACACAGCGUAUGAGACGUCAAAGAGGAUUCGCAUUCUCUCAAACUGAGACUAACGAUCAAGAUCAGACUAGACUUAUCAGGGCUUAUGACACUAGUGUAGCCAGACCUUCGGGUUAUUAA